UUUAUACGGAUGUUCAUUAUACGGGACUGAUUACUUUCGCCCACAACAACAAUCUCAUCAGCAUGCACAGCAACAGCAACAACAACAACAGUCUCAUCAACAAUCACAAAAACAACAACAACACUUACUCUCUGUUGCCAUGGCAGCAAUGACCAAUCCGACUUUACAAGGAUGUGUUUAUCCAACAACAGCUGAUUUAAAUACUACUUUCAAUGCUACUUAUCAAAAUUUUUUGAAUUCACACAAUUCAACAACUAUUCCAAUACAAACUGAUGCACUUGGUAAUUGUUUAACUGGUACACCAGAGAAUAUUACUUUGAAUGGUACAAUUUAUGCCAAUCAUCCUCAUCAAUCCCAACAACAACAAACACAACAACAAAAUAAUUUACUUCCGUCAACACCAAUUCCAGGUUCUAUAACACAUAUUCCUGAUGCAUUAAAUAAUAGUACUAGACCGGAAAGUGGAUUAUAUCAAUGGUUAAUACCAAGUCAUUUACUUAAAACUAACGGUAAUAAUAAUAGUAAUACUAAUAAUAAUACUAAUAAUGAAUGUCAUAUGACAAUACCGGCUUCACCAGCGUUUUCAUUGAACCCUGCCAAUCAUUUAAUUGGAUUAGAUAAAACCAAUCGACAUGUGCAAAUGUUAUUAUAAUCAAUAAGAAGUGGAUAGACGUACCUGUAUCUUAACGUUGAUGUUGAACCCAGUAUUUAUGCACUGAAUUAUUUGUAAGUUGACAUUACAUUUUGUGAUACCAUUUUGUAUUCAGUGAAUUCUUAAUGUGCAAAUUACAAUUAACUAAACAUCGGUAGUAGGAGGUGAGGAUAAACACAAAGCUUUUAAUAAAGAAAUAAUCCAAAUCAUUUAGGGUAAAAUGUACAUUCUUACCUACAAGCUCAUUUAAACACAUAUACAAACAAGUAGAUAAUUUUUGAACACGUUUUCUUCA